AUGAGAGCGCAUCUCUCUCACACACUGACAAUUAUCCACACAGUAAUGUGCUAAGGGAGCGAUCCAUAUGCUGACCUGCCCUCAGGAUACAAAACAUUCAAACCAGAGGAGAAGGUCAGAGUGUUAAGAGCUGCCGUGUUGUACACAGAGUAAUUCAUAUUGGGGAAAUUGAAGUCUCAACAUAAGGUACCGAGCAGAUACAUCAGGAAACAUUCAAGAAGACAGAAGACACUUUCAGUGGAUAAGACGGUUUUCUGGUGCAAAGGGCCAGAUAAACUGCAGAGACUCAGCUGAUUAUUGGCUUAACGGCUUCUCCACAACCCUCCCUGACUGCAGGAUAAAAGAGCACACUAUUGACUGCUUCACAAGACGUAACAAACCAAGAAUAACAAUCAAAAUGAACUUCAGUGUGGAGGAGAGAGGCCAGGAGAAUACUCCAGACUACAGAGUGUACUUCAAAAACGUAGAGGGAAAAUACAUAUCUCCGUUCCAUGACAUCCCCAUCUACGCAGAUGAGGCAGAGAAUAUCUUCCAUGCUGUCAUUGAGGUUCCUAGAUGGACAAAUGCAAAAAUGGAGAUCGCAACUAAAGAUCCCCUCAAUCCAUUGAAGCAGGAUGUGAAGAAAGGAAAUUUACGCUACGUCAGUAACAUCUUUCCUCAUAAGGGCUACAUCUGGAACUAUGGAGCGAUUCCUCAGACGUGGGAGGAUCCAGGACACAGGGAUGGAGACACAGGUUGCUGUGGCGACAAUGAUCCCAUUGAUAUCUGUGACAUUGGGAAUAAGGUUUGCUCUCGAGGAGAAAUCAUCCGAGUGAAAGUGUUGGGCACUCUGGCACUGAUUGACGAGGGAGAAACUGAUUGGAAAGUCAUCGUUAUAAAUGUCGAGGACCCAGAGGCUAAAGAUUUUAAUGAUAUCGAUGAUGUCCGCAGACUGAAGCCCGGCUACCUGGAGGCCACACUUGAUUGGUUCAGAAUGUAUAAAGUGCCUGACGGGAAGCCACAGAAUCUAUUUGCCUUCAACGGUGAAUUUAAGAACAGGGAAUUUGCCAUCAAAACGGUUAAAGACACUCAUAGUUUUUGGAAAGCUCUGAUCUCCAAGAAAACUAAUGCUGGAGAAAUCAACUGUAUGAACACCUGUGUCUCCGAGAGUCCCUUUUUCUGUUCCAGUGUAGAAGCCAAAGUCAUCAUAGAUUCAGCACAUCCCUACAGUGAUGCAGAGCAGAUACCCAGCUCAGCUGAUAAAUGGUUCUAUUACAGCAAACCGUAAAAGAUCAUCAGAGGUGACGGGCUCGGCAUUCGUUUUAUUGCACCAGACAGAACACUACCUGUAUUAGCCAUGGAGGCAGAAUUAAAUAUUAGCUUACUGAAUACUGCACAGUAUUACUGCCUACUGUCUCACAAAAUAGUAUUUAAAAAGGUUUCAUGAUAAAGGUUUACCUCAUGCAGCUGCAUGUGAGUGGUGUCCAGUAUCAUUUUGAAAAUAAAUCAAUCAGUCAAUAUGGGGCCUACUCAUGUGAAUCAAAUCAUGUAACACUCUUUAUAAGUGCAUAUCUCUGUAUCUUCAUCAUGACAAUAAAAACAGCUGUUGUUCUGAAACAUCUUUCUCUUGAGGUCCAUUUGGUCUAUUAAUACGUGUGACAACUGUGUGUUAAAGGGAACAUCUAAUUGUCACAUUUAGGUUAUUUUUCAACUUACUUAAUCACUAUAAUUACAGGGAAACUCUUAAAUAUGCUUCUACAGAUAUGUAAUUGUGGCUAAUGUUACUUGGACCUUUAUAAACCCAUCAUCAUGGCAACCACCCAUUUAUGUACAGUUGAAGUCAGAAGUUUAUAUGCACUUAGGUUGAAGUCAUUAAAACUCUUUUUUUUUAACCACUCCACAGAUUUAAUAUUAGCAAACUAUAGUUUUGGCAAGUCGUUUAGAACAUCUACUUUGUGCGUGACACGAGUAAUUUUUCCAACAAUUGUUUACAGACCGAUUGUUUCACUUUUAAUUGACUAUAUCACAAUUCCAGUGGGUCAGAAGUGUACAUACACUAAGUUAACUGUGCCUUUAAGCAGCUUAGAAAAUUCCAGAAAAUGAUGUCAAGCCUUUAGACAAUUAGCUUCUGAUAGGAGGUGUACUGAAUUGGAGGUGUACCUGUGGAUGUAUUUUAAGGCCUACCUUCAAACUCGGUGCCUCUUUGCUUGACAUCAUGGGAAAAUCAAAAGAAAUCAGCCAAGACCUCAGAAAAUAAAUUGUGGACCUCCACAAGUCUGGUUCAUCCUUGGGAGCAAUUUUCAAACGCCUGAAGGUACCACGUUCAUCCGUACAAACAAUAGUACGCAAGUAUAAGCACUAUAGGACCACGCAGCCAUCAUACCGCUCAGGAAGGAGACGCAUUCUGUCUCCUAGAGAUGAACGUAGUUUGGUGUGAAAAGUGCAAAUCAAUCCCAGAACAACAGCAAAGGACCUUGUGAAGAUGCUGGAAGAAACAGGUAGACGAGUAUCUAUAUCCACAGCAAAACGAGUCCUAUAUCGACAUAACCUGAAAGGCUGCUCAGCAAGGAAGAAGCCACUGCUCCAAAACCACCAUAAAAAAGCCAGAAUACAGUUUGCAAGUGCACAUGGGGACAAAGAUCUUACUUUCUGGAGAAAUGUCCUCUGGUCUGAUGAAACGUAAAUUGAACUGUUUGGCCAUAAUGACCAUCGUUAUGUUUGGAGGAAAAAGGGCAAGGAUUGCAAGCCGAAGAACACCAUCCCAACCGUGAAGCAUGGGGGUGGCAGCAUCAUGUUGUGGGGGUGCUUUGCUGCAGGAGGGACUGGUGCACUUCACAAAAUAGAUGGCAUCAUGAGGAAGGAAAAUGAUGUGGAUAUAUUGAAGCAACAUCUCAAGACAUCAGCCAGGAAGUUAAAGCUCGGUCGCAAAUGGGUCUUCCAAAUGGACAGUGACUCCAAGCAUACCUCCAAAGUUGUGGCAAAAUGGCUUAAGGACCACAAAGUCAAGGUAUUGGAGUGUCCAUCACAAAGCCCUGACUUACAAACAAAGUGUAUGUAAACUUCUGACCCACUGGGAAUGUGAUGAAAGAAAUAAAAGCUGAAAUAAAUAAUUCUCUCCACUAUUAUUCUGACAUUUCACAUUCUUAAAAUAAAUUAGUGAUCCUAACUGA